AUGAAUUUUGGGAAAAUUUCUAUGCUAUGUUUUGGGCUCUUGGUUCUGUGUGUUUUAGCUGACGGCAGAUCCUACAAUGACGAACAUGAAGACGAGAUGAUGGCGAUCGAUAAGAGAGCGGCCAGCGAAAUGGUCAUUGAUGUUUUCGUCGUCAGUGAUUACUCCAUAUUCAAAACUUGGAUGGGUUAUUACAAGAAUGACAAGGCGAAAGUCUUGGCGAACAUCAAGUAUUACUUCGCUAAUAUCGUAAAUGCGAUUAGUAAGAGAUACGAAUCGAUUAGGACGUCCAAGUAUCGCUACUCAGCGCGAAUGGUCUCAAUAUACAUCGCCACCACACCAGAAGAAUCGCCAUUCACAGAGACGCCGAAAGUGAAAAAUAGCGAGAACAAAGUAGAUACAAUUGAAGGUCUGAAGGCGUUCGAAAGCUGGAUCAAAGAAAAGUCGCUGCAAGGAAAACUUCCAAAAUUCAGUGUCGCAACCGCUUUUACUAAGUAUGACAGCGUCAACGCUCCAGGCUACGCCUGGGUGGGUACCGUGUGUGAAAUCAACGCGAAUGCCAUGGUUGUUGAUACUGGCGGUUACUCCACGGCCGAUCUUGCCUCUCAUGAAAUCGGGCAUAACCUUGGUGCCAACCAUGACGGAGAGAGAGGGAAAGAAGGCAACAACUGUAACGGAAAUGACCAGUUCCUGAUGACGGCAAUCCAGCAAGCUCAACAAAUGCCUCUCAACCACCAGAAAUUUUCACCAUGCUCCGUCAAGUAUUUUGAUGAUAAAGUUGAUGCUUUGAAAAAAAUUAAUAAGAAUUGUCUAAAACCGAAAGAAAAAACGACCGCGGAAGACUUCUCCAGCCAGUUAUCAGUCCUUCCCGGCCAGAAGUUCGAUAUCGACGAACAGUGCCGCUACAUCUACGGGCCAGAAUCCUACUACUGCAGAAGAGCUUCGAGUCCCGAGAACACGAUUUGUGAGGAGGUAUACUGCUUCGAUUCGAAGCAGAAGAGGUGUCUGGGGGGCAACAGAUACAGUGCUUAUGACGGCACUUCGUGCGCAAAUAAAAAGUGGUGUAUGGAUAAAAAAUGUGUCUACGACGCCAAAGCGCCUGUUCUCAAAGAAACCUGUCCAUUCGGAGACAGUGUGGAGCCGAUAGAAUACAGUGGGAGGCUGACGAAAUGUUCCGACCUAAAGCAACAACGACGCGUCUGCACUGAAAAUGAAUUCAUGGCCAAAUAUUGUUGUGGAACGUGCGAACAGGUUGCCAAAGAAGGACCCCAAGAAUGUCAGGAAGGUUAUUUGGAUUAUUACAACAACUGUGACGAGAUGACGAGAGGCAACUUGCAAUUGUGCGAACAGUCAUACUACCUGGAGAACUGCUGCAAGACGUGCACGCCCUACGUCAAAGAGCUGAACAAAUGUAGGAAAGGGACCGGACUAGACAAAUCAAGCUGCACUAGCAAGGUAAAAUGUAAUGGGAGGAGUUGUGCUUAUAGCGGUCCUGGUGCCACUGACAGCAGAGACAAGAGCCCUACCAAACAACCACAAACUCCUCCAUCGUCCAAAUGCACCAAGGAUGUCCAUGAAAAGUGGUGUAGAGAUAACAUGUCGGACGAGACUAAAAAGAAACUCUACUGCAAAAGUCCGGGCUACGCUGGAUCAUGCUGCAAAACUUGCCAACCUUACCUGGGUUGAUUACAAACAACUGAAAGUGAAUGAAAUUUUCAACGAAUUUUUUGAGAUGAAAUAUGAAAUUAAAUUGACUAAACUUUGAAAAUUUCUGCCAUUAAUUGUUCGUUUUUUGAAAUAAAAUAUAUUAACAUGCA